GUAAUAUGAAAGUCAAACAUGGUUCUUGCUGUGUUCUUCCGUCAUCUUCCAAAAGAGUCCACCAAACCAUAAGCAUCGAAGAAGAUUCACUCUGACAGGACAGCAAACUCAACUCAAAUCCUUCAAUUUCACUCAACCUUCUCUCUCUUUCCCUUUCCCUUUCCCUUUCCCAAACAAAACAAAACCCCAUGACAUGAUCCAAAUCCAAACAAAAUCACAACCUCGUAAAAACAAGAAACAGCAACAAAAGAAACUAGUUAGUUUUUCCUUAACAUGGGUUCAGAUCCUUUGUCACUGAAUUCAACAAAACCAACACAAAUUCCAACUCAAGAUCAACAAGAACAUGAUUCACCAUCAUCAUCAUCAUCACUGGCUCUUCUCUCUUUCAACACUGAAAAUUCUUCAUCUUCUUCUUCAACCCCUUCUUCUUCUUCUUCUUUCAACAAAACCCUCUUCAUCUCUCUCAUCAUCAUCACCUCCAUUUCACUCUCAGCUGCAUUUUCCUUUGCCUUUCUCUUCCUCUCUUCAUCACAAACAACCACCCAAAACAAUAACUCUUCUCCUUUGAACAGUUUUGCUCGUCCUCUCACCAAACUCAAACGCCCUGUUGUACUUUUGAUUUCCUCAGAUGGGUUUCGAUUUGGUUAUCAAUUCAAAACCUUUACUCCUUCUAUCACUCGUUUGAUUUCAAAUGGAACAGAAGCUGAAACAGGGUUGAUUCCUGUUUUUCCAUCCUUAACUUUUCCAAAUCAUUACUCUAUUGCUACUGGUCUUUACCCUGCUUAUCAUGGUAUAAUCAAUAACCAUUUUUUAGAUCCUAUUUCUGGUGAUCAAUUUUUUAUGGGUAGCCAUGAUCCAAAAUGGUGGUUAGGUGAACCCAUAUGGGAAACUGUGGUGAAAAAUGGAUUGAAAGCUUCUACAUAUUUUUGGCCUGGUUCUGAGGUAAACAAAGGUAUUUGGGAUUGUCCUUUGAAGUAUUGUUUACAUUAUAAUGAUUCUGUUCCUUUUGAGAAAAGGGUUGAUUUUGUUUUGAAAUAUUUUGAUUUGCCUAGUGAUGAUAUUCCUGAUUUUAUGACACUUUAUUUUGAGGACCCUGAUCAUCAAGGUCAUAAAGUUGGAUCUGAUGAUCCUGAGAUUACUAAAGCUGUUUCUAGAAUUGAUAAUAUGAUAGGUAGGUUGAUUAGUGGUUUAGAACAAAGAGGGGUUUUUGAGGAUGUUACUAUUAUUAUGGUAGGUGAUCAUGGAAUGGUUGGUACUUGUGAUAAAAAAUUGAUUUUUCUUGAUGAUUUAGCUCCUUGGAUUGAAAUACCAGAGAGUUGGGUCAUUACACAUACUCCAGUACUUACAAUUCGUCCGUCUUCUGGUAAUGUACCGUCUGAUGUUGUUGCUAAGAUGAAUGAAGGAUUAAGUUCAGGGAAAGUUGUAAAUGGAGAGAAUUUGAGGAUGUAUCUUAAAGAAGAUUUACCUAGUAGGCUUCAUUAUGCAUCAAGUGAUCGGAUUCCACCGAUAAUUGGUUUAAUUGGAGAAGGUUUUAAGGUUGAAAAGAAGAAAACGAAGCAUCAAGAAUGUGGCGGCUCACAUGGUUAUGACAAUUCAUUUUUCUCCAUGAGGAGUAUUUUUAUUGGACAUGGUCCUCAAUUUGCAAGAGGGAGAAAGAUACCUUCAUUUGAGAAUGUUGAGAUUUAUAAUUUGAUUACAUCUAUUCUGAAGAUAAAGGGUGCAGCUAAUAAUGGCUCUACCUCAUUUGCAGAAUCUGUUCUUCUGCCUGCUGCAUAGAAAGGACUAUGUUAAUUUUUGUAGGUAAAUUUUUUUAUUGCUGAGAUGAAUCAUAGUUUGCUCUAUGUGGAAGAAAUGUUUAUAACGGAAUCAGUCAUUGUAACUUCAAGUACAUAAUAAAGGUACUUCCAUUUCCAUAUAUUUGGUUCUUAUUUUAUUUGUUAUGAAGUAGAGGGCAAGCUUGGCUUUAAAGAUGUUUUAUUUUUGGAUAUGUAAGCAAUAUACAUACAAUCACAGAAUUUUGAUGAUCUUCAUAUAAAAUGACAUCCCAUUACCAUUUUUGUCUUUGA